UGUGUUUGUGUGAGUUGGGUUCACAGCAUGAAUCACAGACAAAUUGAGAUCUCUAAGAAGUAUAUAAAAAGAAAUACUUGGGGAACCAAGGGUCAAGACAGACGUGACUUGCAAACUUAGAGAUGGAGAAAAGGGUAUAUAUGACUCUAACCUGUAUGCUCACAUACUGGUUUUCAAUUGUCAGGUUUGUUGUUGUUUUAGUUUUUGGUUUGUUUGUUUUGAAAAGGAACCACAUCUAGGCAGAGUUUCCCAAAAAUCAGAAGUCACCUGUACAUGCCCUAGGGAACAGGUGUUUUGUGUGAAAUUGUCACCUGUCACUUGGCAGGCAGCAGUUACCUGUGUGAGCACAACACACCCAGUCGGCAAACAGGAAGCCCUCCCUCGCAUGUUUGCCCAGCCUCAGGUCUAUAUGGCUAGCCACAUCAAAGAAGCUGCCGCGUUAGGAAGCUGGUGGCAGUCUUAACAGACUUGGCUUCGAUGAAGGAAGUCCUCUCUGAAAGAGAAGCCAUUCCGGUGGCAUUCGCGUGUCGGAUAGCUAAGAGGAGCCUCGACUCGGGGGCAGCCGGGAAAUGGGGCAAAAGGCCUCCCAGCAGGUGGCUCCCAAGGACAGCCAGGAGGUCCUCGCCAUGUGUGAGGUGGUCAGCGCAGCCGUCGCCCACGCGGCGCAGAAGCUAAAGGAGUACCUGGGGUUUGAGUACCCGCUGAGCAGACUCUGCCUGGCGCCCGGCACGCUGAGCGAGGUCUUUCUCGUCCACUUCAUCACUUUCUGCCAGGAAAGGGGGGCAGAUGAGUGGCUCACCACCACCAAGAUGACCAAGCACCAGGCCUUGCUGUUUGGAGCAGACUGGAUUUGGACCUUCUGGGGACCCGAUAAGCAAAUACGGCUUCAGGUGGCCGUGCAGACCCUGAGGAUGGCUUCUCCUCUUCCCGUGAGGGACCCAAAGCCCUGUGAGUCAAGGGCAGAGGAGUCUUGCCCAAAAGGCAGGUUUGAUAAGCUGGAAGAGUUCUGUAGCUUGGUGGGAGAGGACUGUUUGGGCCUUUUUAUCGUCUUCAGCGUGCCUGGAAAGCCGAAAGCCAUCAGAGGAGUUGUCCUGGAGAGCCUCAGGAGUGGGAUGGCGGAGAGCCGUCUGCGGGGACACAAGGCUGUGGAGCAGUUUUUGCUGCAGACGGAAGGCUGUGUCUCCAUCAAGGAGCUGCUGGGAAACUGUCUGAGUAAAAGAGACGGACUGAGUGACAUGAGCAAGGUUUAUAUUAGCAUUCUCUAAACGGGGUGCGUUGCUGUGGCUGGUCUGUGAGAUCCAAUAGAAAAAAAGAAAUCAGCAGAGGGGAUAAUCCCCAGCAUCCACUGAAAAGUGAUUGCCUGGAUAAAAACUUGCUAGUGUGGCAAUUAUGGAGGGGGGGCAAAAUAGAACUUAACCUCUAGCUGUGUCUGUGUGUUGGGCAAACUUAAUUUGUCUUUGUUUACUUAAGAAUAGAAACUGGGGAAGGAAAUGAUAAAGGUGUGCAUAAAAUUUUGAUUUGCAAAACAAAA